AGAGCCCUCGUUUCUGCUGCAGACAAGACAGCCUCUCAUAUCAGCAGUUUCCAUAGGAACCCUUGAUAUUCAAAGUCAGCUUCAGCUCAUGGGGAGAGAGACUCCAGGCUGAACUGUGAAAGAGAUCAGCUCAGGCCAAUUACUCAGUUUGUCUUUUUUAGAUUUUUUAUUCUUCUUUUUUUUUUCACUAUUACCAAUUGGAAAAGGAUGAUUUUAGACAGAUUUUUUGAAGUGUGGCAGUAGACAAAACUUUGGCUCUCUAGCUUAAGUUUCCCAAGUUUUUUCCAACCUCUGAGCUCAGUGACCAUGGUCUCUCAUAGAUCCACCAAAGGAGCAUCGAAAGCCCGCCGGGACCAGAUCAAUUAUGAGAUCAGGAAUAUGCGUGCUCUACUUCCCAUAACCCAGGAGGACCAGGAGCGUCUCUCCUACCUGCACUCCAUGGCUGCCAUCUGCACCUACAUCAGGAAGUCUGUUCUCUUCCAGGGACUCCCGGCUGGGGAGAGAUCACACUGCUCUCCACCAUACGAGGCCUUUCUUCAAGCCCUGCACGGCUUCAUCCUGGUCACUAACACCCAAGGGAGGCUGGUCUAUGUUUCCGAAAAUGUAGCUGAAUAUCUUGGUCUUUCCAUGAUUGAUGUGCUCCAAGGAGACUCAUUCUACGAUAUGGUGGAACGCUCUGACAUUGAUAUUGUCAAAUCAAACCUGGACAUUGAAAACAACUCAUCAUCAGAGAGGAGCUUUAUAUGUUGUAUGCAAACCUCCAAGGCCUUCAAGUUGCAACACGGGAGCUGCUGUUCCAUGAUGGUCAGGGGGAGCUUCCGGUCUUUUCCUCAGCCUUGUCAUUCCUCCUCUUCAGUGUGUCCCACCAACCAGCCUUUGUUCGUGGCCCUCUGUACCCCGACAGUUAACCGCCUGCGCAGCUCUGACUCCCACCUCUGUCACAGCUUCGACAGUGUCCACAGAAUCGAUAUGACCUUUACUCAGCUGUCAGACAGUGUUUCAUAUUGUUUGGGGUAUUCAGGUGAAGAAAUGACUGGUCGAUCGUGGUACAGUCUUGUCCACCCUGAAGAUCUUUCUGCCAGUGCAGAUUCUCAUAGAAGUUUAAUGCAGGCAGAUGAGGGCUUCCAGGUAGAGAUGGUGCUCAGACUCCAGUGCAAGGAUCUGUCAUGGAUCUGGAGCUACAUUCAAGCUAACAAGGACUCUGCGUGCCAGGGCGUGAGCUGCACAAACUUCAUCAUCAGUGAAACAGAGGCCAGAUUUCUGCAGAAGAAAAUCAGCAGCAAUGCCUUCAGACCCUCAUGUCUGCCAGAUUCCUGCCAACAGGCGUCCCACACUCAGAGCUACAACGGCGCGCAAUGCUUUAAAAGGCAGAGGACGUCUAACAGCCAAAGCGAGGAGCCGGGUGCCAAAGCUAGGAGGGAGUCCGAGCAAGACAUGUGCUAUGCGGCAUGUCCCUCCUCCCAAGGCAAUAGCUCACCUAUACCCUUAGGUGACAUCCCUGCUUUCUUCACCCCUCCCUACACCCCGGCCUCCUCCGGCUCCCCUCUGCAGCAGGAGGAGUUCAGCCAUGACCUCAUGAUAGAUGUGCAUGGAUACACAGAUCAGCUGCUGUCCUCCCCUGAGUGCUCUCCCUCCUAUUACUCCUACACAGAGGCAGGGCUCACCUGUCACCCUUCACCCUCCGACUCCCUCCCUGCAGCCGCCGAACACACCUUCAACCAGGCAGCCUUCGACGCCCUCAGUUCUCGCUCUCCACUCUCCUCCUCAUCUCCGACCUAUGAUUUCCAAGCUUGUACAUCUGAUGCUCGAUUAGUUCCAGACUGCCCGUCCGUGUCCGACAUGUGUGAGAGCUCAGCAGACUGUGCUCUGCAUCAAGACGACUUCAACCUUCUCGAGCAGCCACAAGGGGGCAGCCUUGUCCAUGUGCAUCAUGUUCCCUACCAUGUGUUGCCUGUGCAUUCCAGUCUUCUUACCCCCAACCAAUCUCCGACAUCCACAGGAUCUAACCAUUACAACGAGAGGGAACAGGCAGAGAUCAGUAUUCUCGCACAGCAGAUCUCCUCCCUGGCCAGCAGCUUUGCCACGUAUCACACCCUAGACCCACUUCAUAAUGUGGGCCAACUUGCAACCACGAACUCUCCGCCCUCAGCCUUUGCCUGGUCCCAUCACCCUCCUCUCCCCUCAGUUCUUGUUCCUAAGCUGGAGCUGGUUCUCGGUGACUGCAUGUUCAACAGCAUCUUGAAAGACUUGGACAUGGUCGCAAAGAAAAGCAGCACUCCUGGCCCCGGCGUUGUGUCAUACAGCUACCAGCAGGGCUUGUUGCGCAGCAGGAGUGGUUCCCAUCAGCUGGAGCAGGAGCCCCUCGGCCUCUCCCCGACCAUCCCAGAUGACUCGCCGCCUGCGGAGCAGUUCGCUGCUGUGGAUCCUUUCAGUUUGCAGAUGGGACGCCAUGACCAAAACACUGGGUUGCAUCAACUCAACCACUACAUGCAGAGUAGCCUUCAGCAAGAUGGACUUGCUGAAGAAAACCUGUACUGAAAUAAGUCUGUGACUUACUGUACUACUACUUGUAUGACAUAUUGUCAGGGCAAUCUUCCUUCACUGGAUUCAAAGAUGAAUGUGAGCAAAGACAUUUAAAGGACAUCUUUGCUAAGACACUGUUUCCCCAAAUGACUUAUUUCUGAAUGUAGACAAGAAUCUAAAGUAGGCUAUGUGUUUUUCUUCAAGACUACAGCUUCGUCUUCAUUUCUCAACUUUGCUGUCAAUUGCGUUUUAUGUUUUGCUGAUGUCUUAUAUUUUAUGAAAAAGGUACUUUGUAAAAAUGUAUCCGACAACACUUACACACUGAAAUGGAGGUUUAUUUUUCUUCUAAUACUGAGUGACCACAGUUUACUAUAGAGCACUUUAUCAAUGUCAUUGCCACAAGAAUUUUAUAAAUGAGAAGUCGUGCUGACUUAAAGCAAUAUUACCUAGAUUUCAGAGCUACCUGGGUGAGCUUCAACACAUGAAUCAUUCUUUAUAAUAUCCAAAGAGCCUAUUAUUAACAUUUGGUUUUGGGUGCCUUGCAAACACAUAGGGAAGACAUUUAGUUUGAUAAGUUUGCCAAAAAAGAAUAAUAUUUCCAUUUAUUAUUUGUUCUUAGGGUCUAAUCUUUUCUCAGCGGGCCAUUAAUGCAUUCAUGCUGUUAUGAAUAAAGGAAACGCCAGUCAGCAAAAAAUUGAUGAAUGUCACUUACACACCUACCUCAGUGGUACAUCUGAAUACAUUCCAAGUCUGAAUUUCAUUAAUUAAUUAUAUUUAUUUUGAACACACUUAAUAUUGUUAAAAAUGUUUUACUUUACUGCAAUGUGAACCUUAAUCUUUAUUCAUUCCACAUUUGAUUUUUUUUUCACGGUACUGGUACUGUACAGGCCUGAAUGUUUAAUGUCACUGUGUUAUUCCUGCAUUUUGCUUCAAAUAUUUGAAAUGUAAAUAAAACUAAUGACAAGCACACUGGGUUGUGUUGAUAUAAU